UCACAAUGGAUAGUAUAGAAGAACCUCAGAAAAAAGUCUUUAAAGCUCGAAAAACAAUGAGAGUGAGCGAUCGUCAACAACUUGAAGUGGUAUACAAGGUCAAAGAAGAACUUUUGAAAACUGAUGUCAAGCUGUUAAAUGGCAACCAUGAAAAUGGAGAUUUGGACCCAACCUCACCUUUGGAAAAUAUGGAUUAUAUUAAAGACAAGGAAGAGGUAAAUGGCAUUGAAGGGAUCUGUUUUGACCCUGAGGAAGGUAAAACAGAAUGGAAAGAAACGCCCUGUAUCCUAAAUGUUAAUAUAAAAAACAAGCAGGAUGAUGAUUUAAAUUGUGAACCUUUGUCUCCUAAUAACGUAACUCCUGAACCAGUCUCUCAAGUGACUGCUGAACCAGCUUCUGGAGAUCUAGCCCCUGGUGAUCUGACUGCUGGAGAUGUAGCCUCUGGAGUACUGGCCUCUGGUGAUCCCACUUCUGGUGAUCCCAUCCCUAGUGAUUGCUCCCCUGCUGAUCCCACCUCUGGUGAUUGCUCCCCUGGUGAUCCCACCUCUGGUGAUUCCCGCUCUGGUGAUGCCACCUCUUGCGAUACUGCGUCUGAUGAUGCCACCCCUGGUGAUGCCAGCUCUGGUGAACUCGUCUCUGGUGAACCAGUCUCUGGUGAUUGUGCCUGUGAUGAUCCAGCCUCUGGUGACCUGGCCCCUGGAGCACUGGCCUCUGUUGAUUUGGGGUCUGGAGCACCGGCCUCUUGUGAUCUGGCCUCUGGUGAUCUGGCCUCUGGUGAUCCAACCUCUGGUGAUCUGACCUCUGGUGAUCCUGCCUCUGGUGAACUGGUGUCUGAUGAUCUGGCCACUGGUGAACUGGCCUCUAGUGAGCUGACUUCUGAAUCAGCCUUUGAUCCCACCUUUGAACCAAGUUCUAUACCAGUUUGUGAACCAGUUCCUGAAACUGACAAUGUAGAACCAAGUAGCAAUAAUGUUGAUGGUUUUCUUGAAAAAAAUGGGCAUGAUGAAAAGUUACAGCAAAUUCAAAGUAAGGACUCAAUUGAUGAGAAAAAUAAAGCUGAUAGUAAUGUCGAUGCUAAUGAAGAAACUCUAGAAACAGAUGGUACAAUUAUUUGUUCAGAUCUACCUCCUGAAAAUGAAAAGAAGGUAGAGGAAGAUACUAUUACAGAACUUGCUCUUAGAGAAGAGGCUAUAUCAAGUAGUAUGGAAAUUGAUCAAGGUGAAAAGAAUGAAGAUGAAAAUUCUGCAGACCUUGUAGAAACCAUCAGUGAAAGUGUUAUAAAAGAUGACAAAAAUGAGAAUAUCUUAGAAAAUACUGAUUCUAUGGAAACAGAUGAAAUCAUUCCUAUUUUGGAAAAGCUUGCACCUGCUGAGGAUGAACUUACUUGCUUUUCUAAAACUUCUCUCCUCCCAAUUGAUGAGACGAAUCCAGAUUUGGAAGAGAAAAUGGAAGGUUCUUUUGGUUCACCAUCUAAACAAGACAAUAGUGAGAGUUUGCCGAAAGAAGCCUUUUUGGUCCUCUCUGAUGAAGAGGAUAUUUCAGGUGAAAAAGAUGAGUCUGAAGUUAUAUCACAGAAUGAAAUGUGCUCUCCAGCAGAAGUAGAAAGUAAUGAAAAGGACAGCAAACCUGAGGAAGAAGAACAAGUAAUACAUGAAGAAGAUGAAAGACCUUCUGAGAAAAAUGAGUUUUCCAGAAGAAAACGUUCUAAAUCAGAGGAUAUGGACAACGUACAGUCCAAACGUCGACGAUAUAUGGAAGAAGAAUAUGAGGCAGAAUUUCAAGUAAAGAUUACAGCCAAAGGAGACAUUAACCAGAAGCUUCAAAAGGUUAUACAGUGGUUGCUGGAAGAAAAAUUGUGUGCGCUACAGUGUGCCGUAUUUGAUAAGACUUUGGCAGAAUUGAAAACACGAGUGGAAAAGAUUGAAUGUAACAAGAGGCAUAAAACAGUUCUUAAUGAACUACAGGCCAAGAUAGCCAGGUUAACCAAACGGUUUGGAGCAGCCAAAGAAGAUCUUAAGAAAAGACAAGAAAAUCCACCAAACCCACCUCUAUCACCAGGAAAGUCUGUAAAUGAUGUCAACAGCAAUAAUACUAUGCCUUACAGAAAUGCAGGCACAGUGAGACAGAUGCUGGAGUCCAAAAGAAAUGUAAGCGAGAGUGCACCACCAUCCUUUCAAACUCCUAUGAAUACAGUAUCUUCAACCAAUCUUGUCACUCCUCCAACAGUUGUCAGUAGUCAACCUAAAUUGCAGACUCCAGUGACCUCGGGUUCUCUGACAACGACGACAGUUCUUCCUGCACCCAACACAGCUACAGUAGUUGCUACUGCUCAGGUGCCUAGUGGAAAUCCCCAACCUACAAUCUCUUUACAACCUUUGCCAGUGAUUUUGCACGUACCUGUUGCGGUAUCCUCCCAGCCUCAGCUACUACAAAGCCAUCCAGGGACUUUGGUGACCAAUCAACCAUCUGGCAAUGUUGAAUUCAUUUCUGUGCAAAGCCCACCUGCAGUGAGUGGUCUUACCAAAAAUCCAGUAUCCUUGCCAUCCUUGCCAAAUCCCACUAAACCAAACAAUGUUCCUUCUGUGCCCAGUCCUAGUAUUCAGAGGAACCCUCCUGCCAGUGCUGCACCAUUAGGAACAACACUUGCUGUACAGGCUGUUCCAACAGCACACUCUAUUGUACAAGCCACAAGGACUUCUUUACCCACAGUGGGUCCAUCAGGACUCUAUAGUCCACCAAAUAAUCGAGGUCCUAUACAGAUGAAAAUUCCAAUUUCUGCAUUUAGUACUUCGUCUCCUGCAGAACAGAACAGUACUGCCACCCCAAGAAUUGAAAACCAAACAAACAAAAUAAUGGAUGCUUCUGUUAACAAGAAAGCAGCUGAUAGCACAUCACAGAGUGGAAAACCUGCCGGCAGUGAUUCAGGUGGUGUCAUUGAUCUCACAAUGGAUGAUGAAGAGAGUGCAGCUUCUCAAGACCCCAAAAAGCUAAAUCACACUCCUGUAUCAACCAUGGGUUCUUCUCAGCCUGUGUCACGACCGUUGCAACCCAUACAACCAGCACCGCCUCUUCAACCAUCUGGGGUACCAACAAGUGGACCAUCUCAGACAACCAUACACUUAUUACCUACAGCCCCAACUACCGUGAAUGUAACACAUCGUCCAGUAACUCAGGUGACCACAAGACUCCCUGUACCAAGAGCUCCUGCAAACCACCAAGUGGUUUAUACAACUCUCCCAGCACCACCAGCUCAGGCUCCCUUGCGAGGAACUGUUAUGCAGGCUCCGGCUGUUCGGCAGGUCAAUCCCCAAAAUAGUGUUACAGUUCGAGUGCCUCAAACAACUACGUAUGUUGUAAACAAUGGACUAACCUUGGGAUCAACAGGACCUCAGCUCACAGUGCAUCACCGACCACCACAAGUGCAUACUGAGCCCCCACGCCCUGUGCACCCAGCACCCUUACCAGAAGCCCCACAGCCACAGCGUCUGCCCCCAGAAGCUGCCAGCACAUCUCUGCCUCAGAAGCCACACUUGAAGUUAGCACGAGUUCAGAGUCAGAAUGGCAUAGUACUGUCAUGGAGUGUCCUGGAGGUGGAUCGAAGCUGUGCCACUGUUGAUAGCUACCAUCUCUAUGCUUACCAUGAGGAACCCAGUGCCACUGUGCCCUCACAAUGGAAAAAGAUUGGGGAGGUAAAGGCACUUCCCUUGCCUAUGGCAUGUACUCUCACCCAGUUUGUAUCAGGCAGCAAAUACUAUUUUGCAGUACGAGCCAAGGAUGUUUAUGGACGUUUUGGACCUUUCUGUGAUCCUCAGUCAACAGAUGUGAUCUCUUCUUCCCAGAGCAGUUAAACCUUGGAGCCUUUAUCUCUUCCUCUUUUAAAAGUUCCACUUUUGAUCUUGUUUUUAAUCUUGUGCAUGAUAUCCAAUGUAAAAUCCACAUUGUGCAAGAUUUCUUGGACAGAUGUGUGUAUACACUACAUUUGUUUAUAACCAGAAGUAAAAUAAACUCAGCCCACAAAGCAAGAAUCUUUUCCUGGACAAUUUAAACUUCAGGGUUUUGAAAUGUAAA